AUGUACCGCUUGUACUGGUUCUUCAUCGCAUUCCUGUUCGUCACGCUCAUCGGCCUCGCCAUCGCCGCCGGCACUGGGUGGCUCAUCGCGAGCGCGCUGUCGUGGAUGGCGUGGAUGGCGGUGCUGUCGGUGCUCUUCAUCAUCGCGGGCGACGCCUUCCUCGGCCUGCGCGACGUCGCAUACAUCAGCCGGGGUGUGUGGUGGUCCCGCGCCGCCACCACGGCGGCCGGCAUGAUCCUGAGCGCGAUCUUCUGUCUCGCCCUCGCCUUCCAUCUGGGCUGGCGCCAGCGCCGCGCGGGCGCCGGAGGGGCGGGGCCGAUGAAAGUCCUCGACGGCGGCCGCCGCACUCUGAGGGAUGUCGCCGCCAGCGCGGCCGCUGCGAGCAACCGCACAUCCAGGCAGGGCGAGGGCAAUGGUGGCAGCACAGCAGACCGCAGCGGCCGCGAGGACCGCAGAGCGUCAACCUCUGGGCGCAGUGGGGGCGGCCGAGGGCGCGGCCGAGGGCGCAGCAGCGGGCGCGGCGCCGGGCGUGGCGGCGGGCGGGGCGGUGGUGCACAGAAGCAGCGGCAGCAGCAGCAGCAGCAGCAGCAGCACGGCGCCGCAGACGCGAACUUGCCGCGGCCGCCAGCAGGCAAACCUACUGGCAGCUGGCGGCUGUUCAAUCUCAAGAUUUUCGCUGAGGAUGACCCCGGGAAGGACGACCUGUCGGUGCACGAGCAGCUGCGGGCGGCCGCCCAGGAGCGCCUGGGCUGCACCAGGCAGCUGCGCGCGGGCGCAGUAACAAUGGUGCGCAAGGCGUUUGACGCGCGGAGGUACAAGCCCAAGAUGUGGGCCUACGUCGUUGAUGUCGAUGCAGCCGCCGCGGCUGCGGCCGGCGCGGCGGGCCUCGAGCCGCGGCAGGGGCUUGUGGAGUGGCUGGCGCCAGGAGAAUUGGAUGUGCUCGCGGCUGCCAACGACGCCUCACGCAGCAGCGGCGGCGCCACGGCCCCAGCCCACCUAAUCACGCCCGACGCGGCGUUCCUCGCCCCCGUCGGCGGCGCCGCGGGCGGCGCGGCGCGCGAGCCGGUGGUCGUGGUGGGCGCCGGCCCAGGCGGGCUGUUUGCGGCGCUGGCUGCGGCAGAGGCGGGGCUGAGGGUCGUCCUGCUGGAGAAGGGGCAGGCGGUGGAGCAGCGGGGCCGCGACAUAGGGGCGCUGUUUGUGCGGCGACGGCUCAACCCCGAGAGCAACCUAUGCUAUGGCGAGGGCGGCGCGGGCACCUGGAGUGACGGGAAGCUCACCACCCGCAUCGGGCGCAACAGCGACCCCGUGAGGCGCGUGCUGACGACCCUCCACGCCCUCGGGGCGCCCGAUGCCGUCCUCGUCAGCGGCAAGCCCCACAUGGGCACAGAGAACCUCGUGAGGAUCCUCAAGAACUUCAGGGCCCACCUGCAGGCGCUGGGCGUUGAGGUUAGGUUUGGCUGCUCCGUGAAAGAUCUUAUAGUGGAGGGCGGCAGCACAACGGGCGUGAUCUUGGAAGGGGGCGAGGCGCUGCGCGCCAGCGCUGUCGUGCUGGCGCCGGGCCACUCCGCGCGUCCGCUGUACCAGACGCUGGCGGCCCGCGGCGUGGCCAUGAGCGCAAAGCCGUUUGCGCUGGGGUUCAGGAUAGAGCACCCGCAGGCGUGGCUGGACGCGGCCCAAUACGGCGAAGAGGACGCCAGGGGGGUCAUGCGUGGCAAGGGGAAGCUGCCCGUGGCUGACUACACACUGGCUACCAACAUCCUGGACAGCCUGUCAGCACCUGCACCCCACGCAAGCCACGGUGGCAGCAGCAGCAGCAGCAGCAGCAGCCGCAGCAGCAACAGCAGCAGCGGCGGCGGCAGUGAUGGGGCGACCAGCAGCGGGAGGGGGAAGCACGAGCAGCAGCAGCAGCAGCAGCAACAGCAGCGUGAGGGACAGGCUGUGGAAGUCGGAAGGGCGGAAGGGGUGGUUGUUGGCGGCGGCGAUGAGGGUGACGGGGAGGGCAGCAGGGGGGUGUACUCGUUCUGCAUGUGCCCUGGCGGCCAGAUCGUGCCCACCAGCACGAGCGAGGACGAGCUGUGCAUCAACGGCAUGAGCUUCAGCAAGCGCUCCUCCCCCUGGUGCAACUCGGCCCUGGUGGUGACAGUGCGGCAUGGCGACUGGGCGCACCUGGAGGCCGCCCACGGGCCGCUGGCCGGCGUUGAGCUGCAGCGCGAGAUGGAGCGGGAGGGCGCGCGGCGCGGCGGCGGCGCGCUGAUCGCGCCCGUUCAGCGGGUGGACGACUUCAUGGCAGGGCGCACGUCUGACCCCGCCGCGCUGCCCUCGAGCUCGUACCGCCUGGGCAUAGCCAGCGCCCCCCUGCACGACCUCUACCCAGACUCCAUGUCGGCCGCCAUCCGCGCCGCCUUGACCAGGUUUGACCGGAACCUGCCCGGCUUUGUGGCGAGCGGCAAGGGGCUGCUGCACGGCGUCGAGACGCGGACGAGCGCGCCGGUCCGCAUAGAGCGGCGGGCAGACGACUGCUGCAGCGUCUCCCUGGAGGGCCUGUUCCCCUGCGGCGAGGGCGCCGGCUACGCGGGCGGCAUCGUGUCGGCGGCGGUGGACGGGCUGCGUGUGGGGGAGGCCGUGGUCGCCUCCCUCACGGGUGUGCACCUCAGGCUCGGGUUUUGA